AUGCAUUUUGAGAAGAUACAAAAUGCGGCUUCAGCAAGAGACACAUGGAACAUCUUGGUGGGCUGCUAUGCCAGAGGGGAAAAAGUGAAGAAGGUAAAGCUUCAGGUGUUGAGGAGACAGUACGAGCACCUACUGAUGGAGGAUGGUGAUAAGGUGAGUGAGUUUUUCAAUAAAAUACUCUCAAUUUCUAACCAGAUGAAAAGUUGUGGUGACACUGUUACUGAUCUCAUGGUAAUUGAGAAAAUCAUGCGGUCACUGCCUUCGACGUUUGAUCAUAUUCUGGUGGCAAUAGAGGAGUCUAGAGAUCUUGAAAACCUCAAGAUAGAGGAACUGCAAAGCUCUCUAGAGGCGUAUGAAAUGAGGAUGCGGGAAAGAAAUCCUAUAAAAACCGAUGAGCAGGCAUUGAAAAUUCAACACGUCAAAAAUGAAGAGAAGAAGACAACCAAGAAAUGGAAAGGGAAACAUGGUAAAGGGAAGUGGAGAAAAGAUAGGAACAAAGUUGACCAGAAUGAGUCUUCAACAGAGGAGGAAGGCAAAUAUGAGAAGAAUUUCCACGAGAAGGACAAGAGGAAUAUUGAGUGUUUUAAUUGUCAUAGGUAUGGGCAUUACGCUAGUGAGUGCUAUGCUGAAAAGGAAGAACAGAAGAAGAUUCAAGGAAAGGAGGCCUACGCAGCUCAAGUGGAGAGUCUGAUUCAGAAGAACCCAUCAUAUUGA